AUGAAGAAGAAACUUGAUACUCGUUUCCCUGCUGGGAGGAUUAAGAAAAUUAUGCAAGCUGAUGAAGAUAUAGGGAAGAUUGCAAUGGCUGUGCCUCUUCUAGUUUCUAAGGCCCUAGAACUAUUUCUGCAAGAUUUGUGUGAUAGGACAUAUGAUGUAACACUUAGGAGGGGAGCGAAGACUAUGAAUGCUUUUCAUUUAAAACAGUGCGUACAAUCUUUUAAUAUUUUCGAUUUUCUGAAUGAUAUUGUGAGCAAGGUUCCUGAUUUAGGCGGUUCUGUUGCAACUGGCGACGACCAAACUGUCACUAAGAGGAGGAAAGUUGCUGAAGAUGAUGAUAAUGACAGCGACGAAGAGACCAAGAGAAAUAAAAUGCCAGAAUCUGCACAUACCAGUGGAAGAGGAAAAGGUAGGGGUAGAGGUAGGGGUCGUGGCCGUGGUCGUGGAAAUAAAACUGUUGAUCAAGAGAUCUGUUCACAUGUCAAGUUUGAAGAUGAUUCUGAAGCACUGAAGCAAAAUGGCAACCACACUCAAAGUAAUGAAAGCUCGAAAAAUGUGCCAGAACCCGAGGAAGUUAAGCUGAGUUCACCAGUUAGACAACCCGAAGAAGUAAAGCCAAGUUCACCAGUUAGACAACCCGAGGAAGUACAGCAGAGUUCACCAGUCAGAAAACCCGCCGUCGUUCGAAAUUUCGAUUUAAAUUUAGAGCCAGACGAGAACAUGGAUUUCUUAUCCUCUCCAACUCCUGUCCCAACUUGUUCGCGGCCUAUAGACUCAACUUCUGAAGAGAAGAUUGAGGAAUACCCUGGAUGGUCCUUAUCUGAUAUGGAAAAAAUGGCUAUUGAUCCCAUACAACUAGCCAGCUUAAAUAAUAGGAUUGAUGAAGAUAUGGAAGAUUAUGAUGAAGAAGCGUAG